AUGGCUCGUGCGCACCUCUUCCUGCUGCUGCUGCUCGGCUGCUCGGAGGUCGCCGCUCUCUUCGACUGGCUCCGGACCUCGCCUCCUCCAGCGGUCGCCGAUGUUCCCGCCGCGGCUGCUCGUCCCGAAGACGUUCCGUUCGAGAUGGUGACUGCGGACGAGAAGUUGCUGGCCGAAGCCAAGCAGAUGCAACUCAGCGAGCUGGACUCCUGCCACGUCCAAGUAGUGGCGCGGCUGCGAGCGAGCUGCCACGCUCUGACGGAGGAACAGAUGGCCAAGCUGGGCGUGGAGCUCUUCAACUGUCAGGCCCGGAUCGAGGGUCGGCGCACCUUCCCGUGCUCGGACGAGAUGGGCCUCCGGGAGUGCACGGCCGAUAUGGACUCGGACACGUGGAACGCCUACCACAUCGUCAGCAACAGAGCGCGCGCCGUCUGCUACGCCGCCCGCCAGCAGCUGUUCCGCCGGCGAGCGGAGGAGACGGUCAACGCCCUCAUCUCCUCGGCCAGCAGCCAGCUGGGCGCCAUGCAGGAGCUGAAGGAAGGACAGCUGGAGCUGCGGGAGCUGACGGCCGCCUCGCUGGACAAGCUCGUGGAGGGACACGGCGCGCUCCAGAGGCAGCAGGUGACGCUGCAGGCGGGCCAGGAGCAGAUGGAGGACGCGCUGACGCAGAACCUGCAGCGUCUGGGUCAGGAGAAGGCUCUGAUCGCCUCGGGUCAGGAGCUGGUGGCCCAGCUCAUCCAGGGCGUCACUCAGAAGAUGGAGUUUGUGAGCGAGAACCUGCAGCUGCAGGGCUCUGAAGUCCAGGAGAACCACAAGACCAUGGUCCAGGACUUGGCCCAGGUCUGGCACCAGGUCCAGGACAUCCACCAGAAGAUCGACCACAGCAUGUCGGAGUUCCAGCAGUACCAGGACCACACCUCCCGGUACUACUCGACCCUGAUGAGCAAACUGGAGCGCAUGAACAGCACUCUGGCGCUCCUGCUGGACUACCUGGACCACAUGCACACGCGUGUCGAGGAGCGCCUGCACUGGAUCCAGGGUUACCUGGGUUUGGCAGGUCUGAGCCUCGCGGCCAUGUGGGUCUGCAUCUCUCACGCUGGCUACUUCCUGCUCUGCGCCGUGCUGCUGACCUUCCUGCGCUGCGCCGCGUUCACCCGUGCGGCACUGCUGAUGGUGGUGCCGGUCAACGCCCUGGCCAAGAUCCACCAGCAGGCGGCGCUGGACCUGGGCAGCCUCACCGUGCUGUUGCUGGCUCUGUCUCUGGGUGCGGACCUGCCCGCUGGGCCGGGAUGCUACCGCCCACUCAAGCACCGACGCCCGGCUCCUACCCGCCUUCCUCAACCCCGGAGAGGUGCGUGCUCGGAAUCCCCUGAGGCUUUUGUCGUGGUGCCUUCAGGCUGCUGUGGAGAACUGAGAGGCUCGUGUCUGCAGGAGUCACAAGGCAAGGACCUGGACGACGACCUGCUGAUCCAGUCUGAGACCAUCAUCUCAGGUUCCCUGAGUGCGUUGCUGGUGUCGCCUCCUCGCAGGAAGGAUCUGCUGAGCGGCUCGCUGGCCUACUCCACCCCGCGGAGCCGUCCCGCGGUGGAGCAGAUCCCUGUGGGGAACCUGGGAGGUGUUUUCACCGCGGCAAAGGACUCACCGGAUUUUAUCUACGACUCCCGGAGCUCGAGUCCGACGCCGUCCUUGGUCAGCAACAGCUCUCUCACGGGGCGGCAGCUUUGUAACGGUGUCACCAAGACGGGCAAGGCCUGUAAGAAGAGAGCCGUGCUCGGCAAGGAGUUCUGCUGCGUCCAUGAGGACGGCCGCACGUCCUACAUCCAACCCUGA